UUUGACGUCACUCGGGAGCCUGGCUCGGCUAUCUGUCAUCCGGAGCGCAGAGGGAAAGGACAUGUCAUGGAGCUAAAUUUUACCGACUACACUCAUAUAUGCGCCGAAGAUUGGUAAAAGCGUCCGGGAGUUUCGGUUUAUCUUCGUACAGAGUCAGCGCCACUCUCCUGUCGACGUUUUAAGGAAACAGAGGAGAAGCUAACCGGCUAGCUAGCUCGUAGACUUACUUACUGUAAGUGUUAAAGGUUCCACUUCAAACAGAAAGGUUCCGCAUGGCGUUAAUCCUGUUUACGAGGUCCAGGGCGCCUCUCGUGAAAACGUCCAGGUCACUAAAAAGCGAAUUCAGGAAAGGUAAGUGUUCAUUAAUUAACAUUUAUAUUUAAAAAAGUCGAUUUUGUGGCUCUUAUUAACAGAAUCGUAUGAUAAUUGGAGAGUCAUGCCUCCAUUUGGUCAGGAGGUUUGGGGGGUUUCGGUGUUUUGGUUUCCAGGAAGAUGGUGGGUGACUCAAGGUGACAAGACAACUCUGCAUCCCCCUUUAUAACAUCUUUAAUCCGUUAUUAUAAAAUAUAAAUAAGUAAAUAUUCCUCACCUGAGCUAUAUUUGGUGCAUUAGCAGAGUAAAACCCCCUCACUGGACCGAGAAGUCUGUAAAUGUUGAGGAUUCAUCACAGGAGCAGAAACCUGAUUUGGGAUUCAGGUUACUUGAGGACAACUCGGUGUAUGUUGAGGCUGUAGAGCGCCCCCUCUUUUCACUGCAGUCUGAGGAUGCUGUUGUUAUGGCAGACAGGAUCCAUCUGUUUUUCCAGCACGCCCCAAGAUCCCCUUAUUCCUGCCUGAUGCGAGGAAAAACGGGCAAGAUAGAAAUGAAAAUAUAUUUAUAUCCUCGUUUGGAGAUUUGAUGAGCUGAUUUGGUUGAAUUGAUCUAUGCAGUGGCGUUUAUCAAAGAGAAUUGAUCCUGAGGAUUCAAUCAAGGAUGUGUUAUUGUAUUAUUGUCACGUGAUUAGUGAUUUCUGCUGAUGUUUACCUUAUAUUUCUGCUUAAUAUCAGAUAUAUGCCUCACCUUUUAGACACAGGAUGUUACUACAGUGCUACAAGGUGUGAUUAGGGAUGGGAAUUGUUAAGAUUUUAGUGAUAUUGAUGCCAUUUUCGAUUGUGCUUAUUGAUUUAAUUCUUUAACGAUUCCCUUAUUGAUGCCUAGACUGUAAGUUUUCACCGUUAACUCAAAAUUUUAUUGAGUCUCUGAUAACAGAAGUCUAAAAACGGUUGGUAUUAAGUCAGAUUAGGUUGACCAUAUUCUCGAUCCCCAAAAAGAGGACAUUACUAAGUGGGAGGCGGAGUUGCGCACAAAAUUUCGAGGGUUUUGGGGUCAGGUCAAGUGUUUUCAACGCGCCUCUAACUCAGUUAGUCCAAGUAUGGCAUGCAUUGUGCGUAAGUUAACACAGGACAUACGUACCUUCCAGGCGUGGCAGCAGCGGCUGACGAUUUGAAGAAAGGAAUCAUUAAGGGAAUCGUUAAGAUAACAUGUAAACAAUGUCGAUGGAUUGAACCAUUUGGAACAGUUCUCAACUCCCAUCCCUAGAUGUGAUACACUUCUUUAAAGCUUCCUGCCGUUAAAUGUCACGUGAUGUAAGAAAUGGGAUUCUUUGUAACAGAUUUCGCCACAAGCUAUUUGCACACCUGUAGUGCAACAGCAGGUAAACUCUUAAGUAAACACAGCAGAGGUGUUUUCCCUCCACAAACUGUCUGUUUGAUUCAGUUCAGAUGACUUUACACAAUGACUUUACAUAAAUAACACAAAGUUUAUUUAUUUUAUGACAUGAUACAGAAGAAAACAAACAGUAUAUCCCUGUUGAGAAGCCAAACUGAGCUGCUGUUAUCAUGAAAUUAUGAUAAAAUUGCAGUUUUAGACCAUUUAUUACAAGAUUAAUACAUUUGUCAACCUAAUAUUUGCAGUAAGAUCGCUGUGCCUUAGAUAUCUGAGAGUAUGGCAGAAAUUGUGUGAUCAGUGGCGUUGGCUUUGUCACCGAUGGACCAACCAUCUCAUAUCAGUCUGAUUUAUAUCAUGCAUUCCUGGUUCAAAGUGAGAGUGUCUCAGCAACCUCAUAUCGCCUCCUGUAUUGAUAAGCAUUUCAAGUAAGCAGUUGUAUAACCAGCUUUCACAUUUCCAUUGUUAAGCAUUGCUAAUAGGUGCAGCACAACCCAUAGUAAGUGAUGCAAAAGACAUUAUCAGAUGAUGCUACAGAGGAAGCGAUAAAAUAAUGUCUGCACUUCAGCCGGCGCAUUAAAGCCGAGCUUAUAAAUAGAUGGAAGGGUCAUAAAGGGAAUUUGUCUGUCUGCAGCGGGCGGCUGAGACUGCGCUCUGGACUCAGGCCCAGAUUAUCAGACGAAUUGUGGCGCUUCCACAGUGAAAGGUCAGUGUCUUUAAUAUAAACUCCACCUGACACAGACCGAGCUCCACAUGAGACCCACUUGCAGUGAAGUGAACGGACACUGCCUCAUAUCAAGACGGACGCGCUUUACAUCACACGCUCAAAGUGCGUUUUCCUCUUGUGUAAGCCACACCAGGAGUUUGUCGAAUCAGGUUAUUGACGGUGAAAAAAGGGACAUUUCACCCCUUAUUUCUUCACAUUGUUCAUUUUUUGGGAGGAAAAUUACAUUCAAGGCUGUAACUAUGAACCAACUAUGAAUAGAUAGAGAAAGUAUCUGCUCGAGUUGCAAGGGUGAAGUGACCGAGAGUGUUUCUGUCCUGCUUUUACUGCCGAACAUUGACCAGAGUUCUGCAGAGUCGUCGUGCAGCGGUCGUCAAUCAAAGGUUGUGAGGUUAGAAGUAGUAAAGAUUAAAAUGUUAUCUAACAGUGUCAGUGAACCGCAGGAGGAACAAUAAAGUUUGAGGUAACUACAUGUGCUUUGGAGUAACGCGAGGACUCCAUAUUUGCUUUUUUUAAGCGGCCGGUGACUCCUUUUAUGAGGUUUUCUCCAGCUGUGCUCGCUGUCGUUUCCGCUCAUUUCACACUCAUGAGAUGUCCAAACAUGCGAGUUUCAGUUGUCUGGCGUUCAUUCAGUACAAGUGUUAGUGAAGUCCUGUGGGAAAUGACCUAAAAAUGUCACUUUUUAUGGGUUCUGUGAAUGGAGACACCUGAUAUUUUGCAGCCGCUAAAAGCACAUACCGGGAAAGUCAGACAUAUUUAAGGGAUCGACAGUCUGGACCUGCAUUUACCAGCACUCUGCACAGCAAACAGGAAUAUUUUGGAUCCUUUUCAUGUGUUUUUGAGUCAUUAGCAGAUGCAGACAAAGUGAGGUUCAUGCUGUGGCACAGUAAAUCUGGAUGUACCGCUCGCUAGGACUGCAUGGCAAUAGAAGAAACAUCUGCUGUAGGUGUUUUCCAGUUGCUAAACCAAAUAUAGCUUGGACAUUUGAUAAAUCACAGCUUUCUAACAUGACAUUAAGUUCAGGAUGAAUAAAAACAGCACACGCAGCUUGUUUCUGCAGGACUCUGCUGCUCUGAUAUCCUCUGAUAAAGGUUGAAAACUCUCUCUCUCUAUCAGGAGAACUUCAGAGAUCUGACUCCAGGUCUGUUUUGGUGUCACCCUCUGAAUGAAGACGCGUUGCUAAGCUGCAGUUUUAGCACUUACUGCCAGACAGCUGCAGGCUUCAGGUCACACGUGAGUGCCGCUGCACGUAAACGGCAGAGUGUGACCAUGUCAUGACCUCUCCUGACUGGACCCGGUUUAUUUAGAGUCAAGACCAAAACUAGGGCAUCACCAUAGUAAACAAUGACCUAAAUAAGUCUUCAACAUCCAAAUUCUGAAGAACAGCAACACUGACCUACAGCUGUACAUGUAUAGAAGUUUAACUUCACAUCACUGUGGCUGGAGGAGAAACGCUCCUUUUACUGGAAUCAUUCAGUCGUUUACUUUCACUUUUAAUGUGGUUUUGGGGAUGACUCACACCCUCCUCCCUGUUGUGCAAUUUUUCUGGUGACAGAGCGAGUCGCAACUGUAUCGCCAUGGAAACAAAAAGUGAAAUUAAGUUGAACUGUUGCGUGAAUGUUUAAAAGAAAUCCCCACUAUUGUUGUGUAAACAUCACUUGUUUCUUUUGGGAGUUUGUCUGUGUGUCUGAGAACAGAGGGAGUCAUGCUCUACAGCCUCAGGGACCGAUUUGUGAUUUUUGGGUCACAUUUCUCACAGUGUGCGGAUUGUAAAAAUGUUCCUCUAAAAGCUUUUGGAUUUGUCGCGAAAUCACAUUUUUAUUUCCUGAUAAUCAAAAACAAAACAAUUCAUGAUAAGAAAAUUGAAGGAUAUUAGACUGUUAAAGGUUAUGCUGGUUUAAGGUGGAGUUUGUCUGUGAGGACAAAAAACACAUGGGAGGGAGAUCCAGUCCAGAGUUUUUAUUCAGUAUGCAUUCAGCUGGUUUCUCUGGGCGAGAAAGAAUUGAAAAAAGUGAAUUAAAUUAAAUACAAUAUCAUCAUUUUCAUCAAUAAUAUCAGAGCAAAUCAACGAAAAUGAUUCAAAUAUAUGCAAACUGAGAAACAUCCUUUUUUUAACCAUAAAAUUAUGUACAAGUCAGGAUAAUAAAUCACAGAUGAGUAUUUUUUAACAACUUAAACAAAGCAAACUCACAGUGUAAGCACACAGUAAAUUAUACUGGUGAUGUUUCUCCCAGUCAGUCAGCUCUAUUGUCUCCAGUGUUCCCAGUAAGAGUUUGUAGCAGGUGAGUUUUGGGCCUUUAAGACUCCGGGACUCCUCCCACACAGGGAGUCUGGAGUCAGGGAGGAGAGUCAGAGAGUUCUGGAAAAGUUAAGGCAAGAAGAACAGUAAUACUUUUAUUAAACAUUUACUUUAAAUAAACAUAACCUCUUACUUACAGGCUCUCAGAGGGAUGCUACAGUUAGUUAGCAAGCAGCUGCCCCUGGUGUAUUUUUUAUUCAUGAAUUUAUUUUCCAUUUUUAUUUAGAGGUUAUUAUCUACCUUCCAAGUGAUCUAAAAUAGAAAUGCAUUCACCUAGUAAUGAUAUAAAUAACAGCUGUAGAACCAGAUCAACAAUAUCAACAUGUGACAUACUGAACUGAAAGAGCUGUAAGAACAAAACCAAAACUAAACCAAAACCCCCCAGAGUCCUAAAAGCACACAGGAACCCUGCAGCAGAGUGAAGCCGCUCACACACAGUCCAGGUGAACGACACGCUGUUGGCUCAUCGACUGUAUUUCCAGGGUUUUCUUCCUGUACUCCAGUUGCUGGGCGCUAAGCCACAAAGGUGACUCUGUUCCAGUAAACUCGGUGUCCUCCUGGUCUGCCCACAGCCAGACCAGGCCUUACUGGAUUCACUCCAGCCGGCCAUGUGAGAGGCAGAGGGAGGGCGUGGCUUAGCCAUGUGCUUUAAGACGAUUGGUUUAAAGUGUCUCACCACUCCACCUUCCCUUUGCAUGUACGUCACGCUGAUGGCGGCCUCAGUGCAGGGGGAGCCUCACUGUGGGCCUCACUGUGGGGUUAAAACUCUGACCUCUAAGAACCAACUCAGUGGAGGAACAGUGCAUGUUCAGAGUUUAGCAGAUAAUAAACAUCACAAAUGAUGAUCUUGAGAAUAAAAAGCAAAGACGAUCUUUCAACAGAUGGAGGAAAAAUCUGUCUGCACAUCGCCUCCACUCAUCUGUGUCUGUGUCUGAGUAACGGCCUCUUAUCAUAGCUGCUCACGUUUGUCUUCUCUCCUUUCAGGAAAAUUACAAGAUGGUGCCUGUUUCAACUGCACAGCGCUCAGACUCUCCAGUCAAAAGUAAGCUGCCCACAUGUGAGGCGUUCUCGGGGUCUGUAAUCCCUGGAAACGUCAGUCAAAAGCUUCUGAAUUAAGAAGUUAAAGCUCUGCUGCAUGAUUUCACAUCUUCAAUCCAGUUUCUAAGUCUUUGAAACUUUAACUUGUCAGUGAUUCUGUUACGUAACAAAGAGCAAACCUUUACCAAACAUGGAGAUCAAUUUAGAGAUUAAGUCUGACAGGUUUGCUCAAAUUCAACACUCCAAAAAUCUCACACCCACUUCUCCACACCUUCAUUGUGCAACAGUGAGAUUUUGUAUCCUGAAGCUCUUUCUCCUGUCGCCUCCUCAGACUCGAUGGACUCCGACUCGGUAGUCCCGCACAGGUCUCCUCUUUCGGGUCCUCCCUCUCCUUGUCAGAAGGCUUCAUCGGCCCCUGCCAGAGCCUGGACUCACAGCGCCUCUACUGCGCCUUCGUCCCCGGCGUCUCCCCCUCACCUUACCCCGCAAUCACAUCGGGUCCCCAGUGGACGAUAGUGCAACCACAGGACAUCGCGGGCGUCCGGUGGAUACACACCUCCAGGAGGAGGCUGGACGAUUCGAAGGUGGAGAAGUCGCUGCGCUCGUUAAAGGACAAGAAGAAGAAGCUGGAGGAAGGAGGGCCGGUGUACAGCCCCACGCUGGAUGCAGAGCCAGUGAGAAGGACAAUCAGACAGAGGGUGAUAGAUGAAAUCAAACACUACUAUCACGGCUUCAGGCUGCUGUGGAUCGAUACCACGAUUGCUGGGCGGAUGCUGUGGAGGGUGCUGAACGGGAACGCGUUAUCUCGCCGCGAGAGGAGACAGGUGAGGAAGGAGUUAGAGGUGUAACGUAAAUUCUCGUAACCUCCUGAUCAUCAACAUUUUGCUCAUUAUGAUUUCAAACAAUAGGAUCAAUCAGCCAGUGUCCCCGGUAAACGUCGUUCUCUCUCCAGAGCAGAUAACCAGCAUGAGUUCAGAGAUUACCGACAACUUGGCGAGAUUCAUAUCCAACAACCCCGACAUCUUGUACCGUUGAGUGUAAUCCACAGCUUCUCCGUCUUAACAGGAUCACUGAGAGAAACUGGCCGCACGCUGAGUUUGACACCAGGCAGAUUGGGCUUCUUGAGUAAAUCUCUCUUAAGAAGAAGCUCGACGUGUCUCUUCUUUGAUUAAAUCUAAUGUCAGCCGUGUUUACACUUUCCAAAGUUUCCCACCUCUGCGACUGGAGUUAAAGUUUUUAAAAACAGAGCACAGGGAUGUAGAGAUGUCCACUUCAGGGGUAUUUAGAUAUUAACACUCAGAGAUGUGACUUACUCUGAAGGGAUUAGCUUAAUUUGAUAAAAUAGUUUUAAUGUUUGUCUUCAUGAUUUGCAGCAUGUCAGUAUGGAAACACUGGUAAAAACUCACUUUAUAUGGUGUUAGUGAUAAAUGAGGUUUGAAGGCCAGACUCUCCUGUCAUCUCUGACACGAUCCGCUCCCGUUUCUUAAUCAGUCUGCUGAGCCACGUCUGGUCAACCUCAGGGAAGUUUGUCCGGAUCGAGGCUCCGAGCCCAUUUGGUCAGGUUGAGCAGGUUUGGCAGUCGGCAAAGUGUCGUGUCAGCGAAGGUCACGAUAUCCGUCCUUAAUUGUACGGGAGAGAGCAGCAUUAGUGGGCAGGAAUGAGCCGAUUAAUCUGUGAUAUACUCAGUUACUGAGAGGUUGACUUAAACUCGACUGGUCUGGUCUUUGAAUCUUUUCGGGUUCUUUAGCUGAAGUGAAUCAGGAUGCUCGUUUGCUUGUUGCUCGAUGAUUGCAGAAAUCAUGAUCAUUUAAUCUGGUUAUUUACCUUUUGAUUAACUUCUUAAUUUCUCAUAAGCUACAUCAGAUGCAUUUAUGAAAGUAAAAACUUAAACUCUUUCAACAUUUAAACAUCUGGAGACAUAUUUCUGAAUGGUAUGGAUCAAUAUCUCUCCCUGUUUAGCAUGACUAACAUAAACUAAUUAACGUUUCUGAUACAAAACAACACAGUAGUAUAAAAAAAGAUACAAUACAAUGGGACACAAUACGAUACAAUAAGUUAUUAUACCAUUUCAAUUGAUGCAAUAGGAUUCUAGUUGAUAUAAUACAAGAUUUUACAAGAUGAUAUAAUACCAACAAAAGUACAAUACUGUACAAUUCAUUAAAAUACAAUAUGAAAACAUACAGUACAAUAAGAUACAAUGUGAUGUGUUACGAUGCAAUACAACACAAAAUAAUUCAUUACAACAUUACGACAUGAUACAAUGUCGUGCUGUACAAUAUGAUACAAUACAACAGGAAACGAUACUCCUUUAAUUCGUCACAAUGAGAUCCAAUGUGAUGAGUUAUGAUACAAUACAGCACAAUACAAUUCCUACCAACAUUACGACAUGAUACAAUAUGAUAUAAUACUAAAUUAUAUGUUAUAUCGUAAAGUAAUGUAUCAUGUUAUAAUACAAUAUGACAUGACAAAGUACGAUACAGUGCAAUUAAUUAAAAUACAAUAUGAAAACAUACAGUACAGUAAGAUACUGUUCAAUACUAUAUGAUAAAAUCUAAUCCAGUAUGAUAAGAAAUGAUACAAAACCAACUGAUAAGAUACGAAGAAGUUCAACAUAUAUUAGUAUUCGUAGUGAUUCGUUACAAUAAGAUUUGAUAUGAAGCUACAUGCGACAAUAUAAUACAAACAACAGGAAACAAUAAGAUACAAUGUGAUGUGUUACGAUACAAUACGACACGGUACAAUUCAUUACAAUAUUACGAAAUGAUACAAUAUGAAAUAAUACUGACGUGUCAUUUAAUAAUACUAAAUUAUAUUAUAAGAUAUAAUACAGUACAGUAUGAUACUGUAUAAUUUGUUAAAAUAUAAUAUGAAAACAUACAGCACAAUAAGAUACUGUUAUAUGAUACAAUCUAAUACAAUAUGAUAAGAAAUGAAACAAAACAAACUGAUAUGAUAUGAAAGGAUACAAUAGGACAUGAUAUGAUACACAUCAAUGUCCUAAAUCAACAAUAGUACCAAUAAAUAAAACAAAUAGAUAAAAUAACAUUGAAUACCAACAAUAUUUCCAAUGAAAACAGUAAACACAUAUAAAGGAGUCCACACAUACCUCCUGUACAUUAGUCUUAGUGUAGUGAGAGACAGUUUUAAAGAUAAGAACAUCAGUAAUGUGGGGUUUGACUCAGCAGCAUAAAGGAGUUUUUAAAGUGGUUCAGUUCACAUUAGUGGACCCUGAAAGAGCUCAUACUCAGAGUGGAGGAUGUGAGGAGGGUCAGACGUCUGUCUCUGGAUUUCUCAGGAACAGACCGCUCAUGUAUUGACUGGAGAGCUUCAGACCUUCACUGCAGCCUGAGUUAAACAUGCAUGUGAGGCUGCUGCACCAUGUGGACAUCUCAUGCCUGAGCCUGAUCCAGCCUGUCAGGACUCAGUAAAAAAGUAUUGAUUGUUUUUUUCCACUCAUGAUUCUUUCAGCCGUGCUCAGGUGGUCAGUGAAGAUGACGACCACAGUUUCCCCCUUCAUUAAACUCACACCACAGACCCAUUUGAACCUUUUCAAAUGCAGCUGACUCCCUCUGAGCGCCGUCUUCUCUCCAUUCAUCUGACCCGGGCUGGUUUUUGCCUCCUUAAUCUCCUCCUUUCAUAUUCACUUACACUACUCAGGCCUCCAUUUAAGGCUAUUUUAAUCUGUCACCGCCUCCUCCCUCCUUUUGAUGUGAAGCUCUGAAAGAUGAUAUACAUGUCAAUAGGCUCGCGGACAAAGGCCCUUUCACCCGGCCGGGUCUAAAUCCUUCACCCUACUUCUCCGCCGACAUGCAGGUGGAAAGGGCGGAGAAAGAAGGACUCGUGUUUUGGCCUCCUCUCCUCAGGGACCGUUUCUGCAGAUGCCUGCUCUGGAUUGUGUCCCGCGCCGGUCAGUAAGCCACAGUCGGACAGCUGUACAAUAAAGUGUCCCACUGUUGGCCUGGUUCUCCUAAUCUCUGAGGAUUGUUCAGGUCCGCUCUGAACAAACGUGUUUCCUGUUGGCUCAAGAGGACACUUUCUGAGCCGCCUCUGUUCACUGCAAACCCGUGAAUUUGGAGGUUUCUGUUGCUAUGGAGAUGUAUAGGUCUGAGGUUAAAAGUGCUGAUGGCUGGGACUGUGAUUAGAGGGAUUGAGCAGGAGGGGAUUGUACUGAGGGGACAAAGACGGACGAGGUAAAGCCUUCCUCACUGUCGGCGUUUCCUCUCAAUGCUGCUCUCUGCUGGAGGCAUGCACAAACUACAGGGGGGGAGGACACACGGAGGCCCCAUGACCUAGAUCUGGUAUAUUCAAGUGUUUUUUACUGUCAGGGAGGAAAUGUGGCGUUAUAGCGGAGCGAAGAAAGCGCCAGGGAGAUAAAUACUGUAAAUAAACCCUGAAAACAAGAAAAAAAGAGACAAAUACACGUGCAGAAAAUCUGAUAAAAAUAAUCAAUAAUAGCCUGGUUUUCUUAUUGAUGACUCGGCUGUGUUAAAUACUUGAUUCUGAUUGGUCAAACCCCCCGAUCACACAUGAAAAAACUUUAUCACAUAAAUCAAUCCAACUAAAGGAGAUUUGACACAUCUGCUUUACUCUUGAUGAUUCCCCGCCUAUGAAUACUGUUGCCAUGGAGACGCUACUUGGAGACAUAACUUAUGCAGAAUGGAAUCGUUUCAGAGCGCACAAGACCUCUCAGGGUCGUGUCCACCCAGAAGGGUUUUUCUUCUGAUUAUUAGUGCAUUCUCCCAUUAUAAAUAUUAUAAAUUUAAAACAUGAAUAAACUUUAUAUGAAGAUAAAUAGAUAUUGAUCUGAAAUCUACACGUUUCUUAGCAGGUCUGCAUUUUUUCUCAUCUUGAAUAAUUUUUUUUUUUUUUUUGAUUUCUUCUCCUUCAGUUUCUCAGAACAUGUGCGGACGUCUUCCGACUGCUCCCCUUCCUCGUCUUCAUCAUCGUCCCCUUCAUGGAGUUCCUGCUUCCAGUGGCUCUGAAACUCUUCCCCAACAUGCUGCCGUCCACGUUCGAGACACAGUCCAAGAAGGUAAUCGGAGCGCCAGAAAACAUCAUCUUUAUCUAAUUUUAUUAUUUUUUAAAUUUCAUUUUAUUCAAGUUGAUAUCAAACACGUAGUCAUUUAUGGUGAAUUCGUCUCACCUGUUUUCAGGAGGAGAGGUUAAAAACGGAGCUGAGGGUCAAACUGGAGAUGGCCAAGUUCUUGCAGGACACCAUUGAGGAGAUCGCUCUGAGGAACAAAGCUGCUCAGGGAAACGUGACGGAGGAGUUCUCCACCUUUUUCCAGAAGGUCAGUGUCAGUGUGCCUCAAUUAAAAUGGUUGGGAGGAGGCUCAGUGCUGCCCUCUAGUGGUGGAGUGAUAGAAUGAGAAAUGAUUCAUAAACGUGGUUUAAUCGAUGUCAAAAAACAAAUGUAUCUAGAUUCGUGACUCAGGCGAGCGUCCCAGCAACGAGCAGAUCAUCAAAUUCUCCAAACUGUUCGAGGACGAGCUGACGCUGGACAACCUGACCCGACCUCAGCUGGUGGCGCUCUGCCGUCUCCUGGAGCUCCAGUCCAUCGGGACCAACAACUUCCUCCGUUUCCAGCUCAUCAUGAAGCUGAGGGCCAUCCGAGCCGACGACAAGGUUCAUUAAAGAGCCUGAAUUACAUAGAUUCAUAGUUUUUCUUUUCCUGAGUCGCUGAACAUCAUGUGUUUUGUUUUUACAGCUGAUCGCAGAGGAAGGCGUGGAGAGUCUGAACGUGAACGAGGUGCAGGCGGCGUGUCGUGUCAGAGGGAUGAGGUCUCUGGGAGUCACAGAGGAGCGUCUGAGAGAGCAACUGGUUCAGGUAAGAACCGGAUCAGGGAGGGAGGAGACUUUUCGUUUUAACGUUUUAACUGUUUGUGCCGCAAAUCUGAUUCCUCCUCAUCCUUUAAAUUAUUGAUAAAAGCGUUUGUCACUUUGGAAAAACAUGGCGUCUGUACGUCUGUAGCAGAUGAUGUCUGUUUGGUUCUUGUAGUGGCUGGAGCUUCAUCUGAACCAGCAGAUCCCUACGUCCCUGCUGCUGCUGUCCCGAGCCAUGUACCUCCCGGACACGCUCUCCCCCGCCGACCAGCUGAAGACGACUCUGCAGACGCUGCCUGAGAUGGUGGUACGUGAUCAGCUGUCAUCAUUUAAAGUAAAGCUUGAGGUUAUUUUGACUUUAUAAAAGCAGAUGAUUUAGUUCUCCGCUCCUCUGUCCAGACCAAGGAGGCCCAGCUGAUGGUGGCGGAGAUGGAGCUCUCCCAGGUGGAUAAUAAGACGAAGCUGGAGACGACGCUGCGGGAGGAGGAGGCCAUACGCCAGGACAACAAGGACAGGGAGAUGGAGAGGUUGGCGGACGCUGCAGAGAAAGCUGCCAGGGUAACAGGAUACAGCCUGACUUUCAAGAUGGAAACCUGUAACUGUGUUUUUUUUUAAGUAUUGACAGUAAAAUGUUUGUCUUGUGCAGGAAGAAGAGAAGGAAAUCGAGGCAGAGAGAGUUAAAGCGGAUGUUUCCUCAGAGAUCCUGAAGGAUACAGCGCCUAUCAUCGAGGGAGUGAAGGUAAUGAUAUUCUAUUUGACAACAUGCCAAAUAUUAAAACUGGAAAUUUUAAAUGUUUUAUAAAAUGUAUACGCUCUUUUUAAAUUUGAUGCCAGCAGCAGAGAGUUUGAGGAUUUGAUUAUCUAAAAAAUAAAUAUGAUAAGAAGAAGUUCUGGAGGGUUGUAAUCUUUGAAAUCACUGCACAGGCUCAAAAAUAACACAGUUCAUCUUAACAUCUACAGCGCAGGUUAAAACUGAACCAUUCAAAGAGGAAAACGUUCGUAAACAUGAUGCAAAAAUACCAGUAUGACUUCCUCCUGGUCCUGAAACUGGUCUCCUCAGACCCCGAAUGCUAAAAGUAGAAGCUCUAAACCUGCCUGUCCUGACUCUUUAGAGAUGUGUUUCUGACAUCAAAUUAAAAAUGAGCGAACACUUUUGAGAAAACCUUGGAAUGUGAAGCUUUUGCUUUAUUUUUAAGGCUUUUAAAUGAUCAUAACCAGCUCUGAACAUGUUAUUCAGUCUAGGCUGUACAUUUGUGAAUAUUUAACGAGUAUUUUCUGUUUGAAUAAAAUACCAAACAGUCUUUUCUCGUCGUUAUGACGUCUGUUACGAUGAUAACUCUCCAGGUUGUCAUUUUUUUGGUGUCAUUAACUUGUUGCCUCCUUCUCAUGACGUCACCUCUGCGUCUCCUGUACCACAGUUUGAACAGUGGCAUUCGUUCCUGCGCUUCCAGGUUAGGUUUAACCAUGUCUCCUCCCAAAACGACCCUCACUCCUUCACCAGUUCACCUCCUGCACGCUCGAAAACUUCUCCUCCUCUGAGCGGACCACAUGAGGGUCAAACAGGACUCGCAUUUGUAACUCUGGCGUUUAUCUGAACUCUUUCAGUCUGACAUAACCGAACUUAUUACCUAAAUAACCUUAAAAUGUAAAGUUUAAAGUUAAGGUUAAAGGCGGACAUAUCGUGUUUACUUUAAAAACUUUCAAGCACAAAAAUCAGAACCUCUCAGAGAGUCUGAAAUGAUUCAAUAAACGCCAAAUACAAAGUGCAGGUUCAGUCUGACCCUCAUCUACAUGGACUUCUCCUUCUCUGCCCCCUCUUUGUGGAUCCUUCCAGCCUUUGUCAUGGACCUCUUUAUCUAACAAACCCUCUUCGUAGCUCCACAGAGUCCUCCUCUUCCUCCUCCUCCUCCUCCUCUUCCUCAUGUGGUUUUGUGUAUUUGGAGUUAAGGGAGUAUCCCAGUGGCCUCUAGAUCUUCCCCUUAUUUACCCGUUUUGUGUCUUUGGGUCGUCUCUUAUGUGGGUUUGCACAUGUGGAAGCUGUUAAACGGAUGAUCUUUGUGACCUACUUCUGAUAGAAACUUGAGUUUUUAUUGAUUUACACUCAAACCAGGGAGAAAAAAUGAUCUCAGAGUGUCUUUUUUCAGUGUUUGAUAAGUCUUUUCUUUGCUCUCAGGGAAAUAUUUUGUAUGUUUUCAGUUUGGUUGUUGCAUCUUUAGCCACAGUUUCUUUGUAUUUGGGCGCGCUCACAUCAGGCCUGCGCUCUCAUUGCUCAAACAGGCCUCGCCAUGUUAACCCGUGUUACCUAAACCAUUAGAAGAAUCAUGCAUGACCUCCUACUAUCAUGCAAAGAGGCGUGGUCACAGACCGCAAAGUGGACAACAAACAGAAAACGUGACUGCAGAUUUAACCGUUUACUCGCCUUUGGAGCGGUCUAAUCUUUUCACAGUAUUUAUUUUCUUAGGUACAUCUACCUAUGAAUCGAGCAGAGUCUCAGCUCGUGUGAGACUAUGAUCAUACCCUCCUCGGUUUGAUUUACCGGUGCCUAUCUUGCUCCAUUUAACCUCCUUAUGCCAGUACAGGAGUCGCCUUUUUACCCCCUUCCUCCUCAUCCUUUUAAAUUGAACAAAUCUGUGUUUUUUUGCUGCUUUUGUUCAUCAAACUCGCAGCAUAAAUACAUAUAAACGUGCGCUCUGCUUGUGCACACCCAUGAGAAACCACCUCUGUCUUCAAACCAUGUUGAGGCUGAGGAUUGCCGGGUGUGAGCGCGCCCUUAUGCACCUUUAUUUUAUGUCACUUUUAAUUUACACUCUGUGGUGAAACUCUCAUUUUACUGCACUGUUAUCGUGGAUCAGUGCGGCACGUUUUCUUUGGGGUUCAUAUCUUUAGAAAAGAAAAGUAUCCGAUCAGAGACAUUACGGAGCGUUUUGUGUUUUAGGGUGAGGAGAUCACCAAAGAGGAGAUCGACCUGCUGAGUGACGCCUGCACGAAGCUGAAGGAGCAGAAGAAACUGUUGACUCUGGAGAAAGAAGAGCUGGAGGAGCUGAAGGAUGACGUCCAGGAAUACAACGAGGUGCCCGUUUAAAGCUUUAACUUCAGUUUUCUCACGCUUUUGUCUCAGCAUAUAUGUGUUUAAAUCGUGUAUCCAUGUUUGCGUUCUAGGACCUGGAGGAGAUUAAGAAGGAGCUCUCCAGGACAGGCCAAGAGAAGGGGAUCCAGGAGUCCAAGGCGAGCCAGCGUCUCUCCAAGAGGGUGAACCGGAUGAUCGGCCGCAUCGACAAGAUCAUCGGGGAGCUGGAGAAGGACAAGGUCAUCCUGGACGGACAGAUCGACAGCGGAUCGUCUCCACCUGUGGGGUAAGAGCUGCAGAGUGAUGUUUGUGUUUGUUCAGGGUAGUAAACCUCGAAGCUGUGUGUGAAAAGCUUUAGUUUAGAGAGGAGAGGAUGAACCGCCCUGCAAACACGGGCGCUGUUCAAAGUUAAAAUACUUAAUUUCCUUUUAAACCUCUCAUUUAAAGCGAGUUUAAAAAGCUGCUGUGGCUUUGGCGGCUGUGUGUUUGAGUUUGUGGCUUUUGGAAGUAAACGAUACAAAGACGACUGUUUUAGAGCGAGGAAACGAACGGUUCCUCUGAAAAUGUCGACCUUGUAUCGUUUUCUUUGACUCAUUUCAUUCGAGACAUUAUUUCUGUUUCAGUUUAAAACUUUUAUUUUCGUUUCCAUCUUCAUUAACAUCGUAAAAUGGUGGUGGAGAUACAAAGAGGAGCGAAUUGUUUCCCAGAAUAAAUAAAACCUGAAAUUCUGUUGGCUGUAUUUUUUAAAUCCACGGCUCUAAGAUCAAAUUUAUCCAAAAUUUUCCAGAUUGUUCUUUACUAAAUGUAGCGAUGCCUCGAGGUAAGUCCGUCUGUAGAAAAACCGCCAUUUGCUUACCCGCCAAAUACUGACAUUGCAUCGUGGUUGUGGCUCAUCAGCUCCUGAAAUUAGGGAUGCACGGAUCUGACCCUGGAGGGAGAGAUCGACCCCAUACUGACCCGAGAGUCCGGAUCAUGUAUCGGGUCGAUGCUUUUCAGUUUGUUUGUUUCGUGGAGUGUGAGCUUCAGGUGAGAUCGGUGCAUCCCGAAGUGAAAUUGUUGAUCAAGCUUUCAUGUGUGCUCAUUCGGGUUUUUUGCUUCUGGUGUAGAAAAACUCAGAUUGAAUCCAAACAUCUAACCCGAACCUCCUGAUUUAGAGACCGCAGAGUCUGAACUGAAUGUUUUAUCUGUGAGAUAUUAACAAAUAUUAGAAAUCAGAUUUAAUUUUUAGAGAUUAGAUUAAAACUGCAUCAGUAACACCCCAACACUAAUCUCAGCAUGAAUUAACGUCCACCUGGCGUGGAGAAUAGAAGCUCAACCAUUUGAUUGGUGUGAUCUGGGAACCCCCCCCUCCCCCGAAUGCAGCAUGCCGACCUCUCCACCGCAUUUUACGUGCGGUCCAACCUUGUAACCGUUUCCUGUAUGCAGUCUGUUCUACACCUUCAGGGAGAACCUCGUCAGCAUCGAUGAGCUCAUCAACGUCAUGCGGCAGAUCCAGAACAUUCCAGAGCACAAGCUGCAGAGCAUCGCCGACGCCCUCGACGACAACAAGGACGGGAAGAUCGACAUCGACGACGUCAUCAAGGUGGGUUUGAGGGGGGAAUGGGGCGCCGUUUUAGAGUCUUAAGAUAACCUUCAUAUAAAAACGGCGGUUUAAUGUGAAUUCACUGUUAACUCGUUCAGUACCAGGUUCAUCUAUACAAUUUUCACUCAGUGUCACCAUUGACUACAAUAGAAAUUUCCGUAUCUUUCAGGACCCACAGAAUAUCUUGUUCUUGGACUAGAAUUAACUGCAAUAGCUCAAAAGAAAGAAAAAGUCAGUCUCUAACCUUCUACUGUGUUUAGUUAUUGUCUGCUCAAUGCAGCGUCUGGAAAGAUCUGGAAAGAAGUCUCAGAUCUGGAAAAAGAAACCUGGGAAAAAAAACAAAUUUUUACGGAAGAGUGACUUUGAAGACGAACUCUGGUCGUCUAUUGCAUUUCACUUCAAACUACUUUACCGGUGGCAUCAAGGUCCUCCCUCCUCGGACACCACUCCUCAUCCGAUUGUAAUAAGUCACUUCGUAUUGGCUCUCGAGAACCUGACGCCGCGACGUAAACCACAUGGACUGCUUGCGUCCUCCUCGCUGGAACUGUCCCUUAAUUCCAGCUCAGUCUCGCUCAUCAGUACCGGCACUGGCGGCACAACGACAUGCCGAAAAAUUGUUUCUUUGAUUGUCUGUUGACGGUGUGAAGGUCCUAUACCGGGAUCUCCACUGGACCAAGAGACGGUAGCACCGCGCCAACAGGAGCCGAUGCGCCGAGACCGUUUGCUCUUGGCUAAUGACUUCGGCAUUUUCCUACUCCCCUCGUAAAGAAACACACUCCACAACUCGCCUAAUUGGCACACUUCUCACUGACUAGUACUUGUUGUUGUUAUCUUAACAUGGUUAUGAAGUAUUUGUCGGCUUUUCUGCGUUCAGAACGACCCCAAACUUAGUCGCAUUUUGGAGGAGCGCCCUCUGGUGGAAAACAAAAAACUGAAAAAUCCAUCAAAAUCCGUCAAUGGCGCUGAAUGAGUUAAAGAGCACACUACCAUGUACGCAGGUGUUCACUUGUGUCUGUGGUUUUUACGGUGUAACUAUGAUUUCCACUUACAAAUGCUGGCAGCCUCAAAGUGAGCAGCCUGAGUUCAACUUUGACCUCCUGACCUUCACCACAUGUCCUCUUCUCACCCAGUUUAUCACUCUCUAUCCACUGUAUUCACUAAAAAACGAGGAACAAAAGCCUGAAAUGAUAAUCAGUCACUUUCGUCCCGCAGGUGGUCGAGCUGAUCGACAAGGAGGACAUCGACAUCUCCACCACUCAGGUGGCCGACAUCAUGGUGAUGCUGCAGAAGGAGGAGAAGCUGAUGGAGAAGGAAAAGGCCAAAGACAAGGCGGAGAAAGAGCAGGCCGCCACUCUCAACCACUAACUCGUUUUCCACAGAGACACAAAGCACUUGUAAAAAAAAAAAACAAACAAAAGAAAAAGACCACGGAGGAGUUUGAGGCUGAACCCCGGAGGACACAGAAAAACUCGGACACCAAGUCAAGAGAGAGUCCGAAGGUAACAGCUGUCUCCUCUUCAUGUACUCACUCUAAAUUUAGCACCUGUGUAAAAAGAAACCGAGGGCAUAUUGCCUUGAAAGCGCACAAAAACAAAAACUAUAAUCGCUGUUGUGUUAAACUCUUCCAGAUUGAUCAUGUAUCAUAUGUUGAUAUUUUGGAUUUGUGUAAUUUUACAGAGUAAUUUAUUGAUAGUGGGAACAGAGCGACACGAAACCACGUUUGUUCUCUGAGCGUCAGAGAAGGUCAAGGAGAAAAAUGAUCAAAAAUUAUGUUUGAGGUGAACCGUCUUGCCUUUCCUUUCCAUUCAUGUCGUCAUCAUCAUCAUCUCGGAGAAAUGAGCGAUCAUUUCUGAACUUUGCACAGUUUAAAAAAAAAAAGAAAAUGACUAUCAUCUUUAUUUUUCCUUUUCCAUCCACCUCCCACUUUGUAAAGUUAUUUUUUUAUGAAUUGUACUCAGACAGGGUAGCUUAACGCUGGAUAGUGUGUGUAAACGGUGGCUGCGACCGCACAUGUAAUCAAACAGAAACAGAUCAGCUUAAAAAUUCAGCUUUAAUUUCAUCUAAACAUAAAAUAAUCACAGCUUUAUGUUCACUAAACCACUAAAACCAAAGUAAACGGAGGAUUCGUGCUGCAGGAUGUUUGAUUAAACAGUAAAAUUCACAUUUAUAUUGUGCUGUAUUAUCUUUUAAUUUUAUUUAACGUAAUAAUCCGUCGUCUCAGUUUAGCACAGCUCUGCUCGUCUUCACUUUAGCCUUCGAUAGCUCUCUGCAACACGCCAAAGCUGCACUGAGGCGCAUCUUAAAAACACUGAAAAUCUCCAAACAAAUUGCCUGAUAUGAGAUUUUUGAGUCACGUAGAAAUUUAGUUUCUUAUAUCUAAGAUUAUUGAUUAUUGAGUUUAGGGAACUGAAAGGAUGAUGAUAAAGACAGUGCAGGGAGUUUUAUGAACUGGGGAGUUUGAGCACACUCUGCUGGACAGUCUCUGUUAUUACAACAUUUCGAGUUGUAUUUUUUUGGAUUUUAUCUUCUAUAAAAAUAAUUCCCCACCUGAAAACUUGAGCUGGUACGAUAACCUCGUGUUUAAAUAUUCUCACAGAACAUUUGCAACGUGAGUAAACGUGUAAUUUAAAAUCAGAAGACAGGGGAUUAAGACUUUAAAUAUGAUGCUAUAUAGAUAAUCACGGCGCUGGUCCACAGGUGUACUUGUUUGGCUGUAUUUACAGGCAGUGAGGGUCUUAAUUGUUUAGGGUUGAGGGUUUCAGUUUCAGGGAAUAGCAGCUUUAAAAAUCGUCCCGUUAAAGAGUGAAAGCAGCUCCUCGUGUUGAAUGUUAAACGGUUCAGUGCGACCUCCACAGUCUCAACGCAAAGUGUCCUUCUCGUGACUGAUCAAAUACUGUUGUGUAUUUAUUUUUGAGUGUUUAACAACGAAGGUAGAAGUUCGAUAUCCUUCGUACUCGGAUGUCAUUUAGUUAGAGAUGAGUAUAACGGCGGAUCAGGGUGUGUUUUAUUUGCACUGCGGCGGCGAAUGUGUGAGAGGACGAAGUCAAACAGCGAUCAUAAAACUAAUCUCUCAUCCUGUUGACUUUUCUUAAUGAGGGUUCACACUGCAAACAGUCGGACUCUGAUUUUUGUUUACCUUGAGAGCUUUUUCCAAUUAAGUGAUCUGAUUGAUAAUUGAAUAAAAACAAGAAAAAAUGGACAUUAGAAAAUUUAAAUAAAACAGAAAACAGGGUGAUAUUAUUCACCUGGAAAGACGUGAAAAUACUUUCGUUUGUUGUUCUUCUACAAAAAUAUUGCAGAAAAUCGCAGAAAUCCGAUCACGUUUCUCUUCUUCUGCGUCGUUUGUCAGUGUGAACUAACAGUCAGGUUUUGAUCCACCUUUCCCGUAUUCAGCAGUUUUAGUCCUCGUCAUCCCUCAGUACCCAGAGAAGAGCUCAGCUGUGAAGGAGACGAAGCGGUGCUCGAGAUAACAGUGAGUGGAAGACGCUCCAUUUAAUCUGUUUAUUGAAUCCACUCCCAGACGAGUGGAUGAUUAAGAGGUCGUUCAUCUCCUGUCAGACGCCGUCUCAGUUGCCUGACAGGACGAGGGCGCUGCUUUGUCUGGGACCAGUCAGACUGAUGGGUGCUGGGUAAACACUCACCCAUACAUGGUCCACAGCCAGCUCCUCUGGAGGGGUUGUGUUUAGAUUACAGACGAUCCUGCGGGACAUGGCACGCUCUCGGCUGCGUAAAUCAAACGUCGGUGUAAACACGUCGGCGAAAUAUUGUGACAACUUCUCGAUUGCACUUGGCAGGAGAGAGUGGUGUUUGUGAAAUCACGGCUGACAGGUCCGACUCAGAGAGGCACUGUGUACAUUAGCGGCACUGCCACCGUUUCUGCGCGCAGAGGGGCGAGAGGUCGGCGUGACGGCGAGAGAAAACAGAGUGAUCGAUACUGAAGGUUCAGACGGAGCAGAAUCUGAAAAUUCCAAGAGAUCUCCAGUACGCUUGACCUUAAAAAUUAAUGCACUUAAUUUACACGAGAAGGCAACUACUGACAUUCUCUAGAAAUAGUCAUAAUUCAUCAGUGUGCUUCCUUUCUGUAGCUGCAGCUGCUCACCACAGGAGGCAGUGUUGCACUUUGUUGUUCUAGGACGCGAGAGUUUGAAGUGGAGAAGUUGUUUUCUGACGUUUCUUUAAGCUGCUGCUCUCUGUGAAUGUUUGCCGCCGUGCAAAAGCGCUGCUCCUUUUUUUCAUAUGUCAGGUGUGUGUUUGUGUCUGAACUCGGGGUGUGAACAAAGUCUGACCCGCCUCGAGAGCCGAAGGUCUACAACAAACCGACAAACCGUCCUGAAAGAUUCCUGUCCAUCUUGUGUGCUUGAAGAAAAAAACAAGUAUUUAGAGCAAUAAGUCAUUUAUGCAACAUGUACCUUUUUUUGAUUUUUGUUUUCAUCUUUUCCUCUGAGGUGGAACAAGUGUUUGAUUUGCUUAAGCAGACUGUAAUAUAUGUAUAAUAGAAAUAUAAAAGUGUAAUCAUGCUGAAAGAGAGAUAAAAAAAGGUGCUAAAAGUGAAAGGAAAGAAAGUAUUGAGUGGAAUCUGCCACUUUUCCUACCAGGCUGCUGCGUGUUGAGUUGGUGCGCUUGUGGUUGGCUUUUGUACGGAUUUCUUGAAGAGAUGUAAUCACUGUUGUUUUAUUUUUUAAGUAUUUUGCACUAGCCGUUUAUAUCAAUAGAGAAAUGCUACUUUUGUAGGAUGAAUAUAAAUAUACGAGUUUUCUCUUGAGGUGGAAGAAGGGAGGGCGGGAGACUGUCGGCAGGAUCAGUGAGUUUUUUAAAGUCAGGGAAACACGGUGCAGUUAGAGUCUUUAUGUUUCUAUACGAGCAGCUUUACAGGCAGCUAAGAGCUCUCUCAGGUUUAUGGUGGCCCUGAAGGUCAACUGCACAAGGAUUUCAAUUUAAAAAAAAAUAUCUCUAUGCCAAAAUUUUUUUUAUCAAACACCAAUGAUUCAUUCAACACAAAAAUGUUUGAAACAAGAAAAAAAAGAUAUAAUUUUAUCAAGUUUAAAAUCAUUUCACAAAAAACAUUUCAUAAAGUGCAACAAUAUUUAUUGAAACACAAAAUUAUUUAACAAAACAUUAAAUUUCUCCAUGUAAAUUCAAGAAAUUUUCACAAAAAAAUUCACAUUUAGCAAAAGUAUUUAAUGAAAUAAAAAAAAUCUCCCUAUGCCAAAAAUGUUUUACGAACUGUAUUUAUCAAACACCGAUGCUUCAUUCAACACAAAAAUAUUUCAAACAAGAAAAAAAGAAAUAAUUUUAUCAAGUUUAGAAUCAUUUCACAAACAAAAACAUUUCAUAAAGUGCAAAAAUAUUAAUGAAACACAAAAUUAUUUAAUAAAAUGUGAAAGUUCUUACAAAAUAAAAAUCACAUUUGGAAAGUAUUUUAUGAAACAAGAAAAAAAAUCACCAAAUGUAAAAAAAAUUUCAUGGAAUCAAAAUAUUUUUUCACAUGAAGCACCUUAUUAUAAAAUUCUUAAAAUGACAUGUUUUCUGAAAUAUUUACAGGUCUUGUGAAAACUUUUUGCACUUCAUGACAAGAUCUGGUGCGGGAUGUAACUCCGUCUCAUGAGCAGAACUUAUUUUCACGUUUAGCUUUUUUUUUUUCCUUCUCAUGAAAAUUUUUUGUCUAAAAUAAAAAUAUUGUGAAACAUUUAUAUUUUGGAAUAGUGUUUGUUUAGUGAAAUUUUUUGGCAAUCAGCAAUUUUUUUUUUUUUUUACAGCGAUAAAAUGUUUGUGCAGUCGACCUUCAGGGCCACCGUACAGUUUCAUCGUUAAAGCCUGGAAACAUCAGUCAAAAAGUUGAACUAAUAUUUGUGCAGCCGCCAUCUUUGAGAACAAGACUCAUGUUGGUCAGACAGAGAUCAGAUCUGCGCGCUUCACUUUCUGUCUGAACACGUCUUAAAGAGUCGCAUUAGCUUGAAAAACGCUCCUCAUGCUUACGGUGUUACAGCUGAACGCCGAAUAUCGUUAAAAGAAAGAAAGAGGCAGACAAAGGCAGAGAGAAAAAAACAGGGACAAUUUGACAAAUUUGGAAAGAGGUGGUGACAUUUUGCAGUAUAUUAUUUUUGGUUCUAUUUAAUUUUGCAUCAUAUCUGAAAUAACAAAAAAAAUAUCCAUUAAACCUGUAUAAAUUUAGCCCUCUGCAGUUUUAUUUUAUUUUGGAAUAAUUGUUGUAUUUAUUUAUUUAUUUAACCAAAUUUUCCAGUUUUCUUUUUUUUUAUUAGAGAAUGACCUGAACUGGAUCUGACUUUUGUUUCGACUCUAAUCAAAUAUUUCAUGUAAAGUAAAAAAACAAAACAUGAAUCAGCAUUGUUGAAUAAAUUCUGGAUGAUCCUGGAGUCUCUUUUGUUUCAUUUCCUUUAUUUUCUUUCCUUGUUUUGUUCCCCCAUCAAUCUUUGUGUGUCUCCUCGCCUCCAUGUGGUCGUCUUAUGUCACGAGUGUGUCAGAUUUUGAGCCUCCUAUGCCACCAUUUUUCGUUCCCUUUCAUUCCUGAGCUCUCGCCACAUCGCCGCCCCUCCCCUCAGAGCCCCCGUCCUGCUGGAAUGUAACCAGAUUCAUUUUUCCAGCGACAGAUUUUAUCGUCUGCGAGCGAGUGAUUGGGUAGCAGGAUAAACAAGUACAUAAAAGAUCAGGAGUGUUUUCGAGUCAAACAGGUGUCCUCGUUUGUCCUUUAUGAGCUUGAAUUCAAUAUUUAAAUCUGCUCUGAGCUUUUCCAGGUGAGGUUGGUGCAUUAAAUCUCCAUCCUUUAUCGCACUUCAGGAGUCAGGAGUUCAUCUAAGGUGCUUCAGAAACACGCACAUAGCAAAAAAAUAUAGAUUUGAUAUUUUUAGAGAGUUGGUUUUCACUAAGAAAGAAACUAUUUUACAGAAAGACGGCACUAUAGGAGCCCCAUCGUGUAAGAUUUGUGACAUAUUUGAGGUCUGCAGGGUAAAUGUUCAGUGUGCAGGAUGAUAACGUGUGCAUGGUUUUUAAAGACAAAUCUAGGUUUAAGUGACGAGUUCUGGUGUUUAAUACUGACAAUCAAAGCUGAAACAAGAACUGGAGGGAGUCAAAGUGGAUUUAAGUUUAAGAGUCACCCUUCAUAAACUAGUUUUAUAAACGUUAAACCAAGACCAGAGUCCUUCCCUUCGCACGAACACCAACUGUGAGUGCCUAAACACGAUCAUCACAACUUUAUGUUGCGUUACUUCCCUGUGUUAAUGUAUGGAUGCUGCGUAAACGGUGUGUGUACAGGGUUCGCCAAGGUAGUGAUGAGAAACUGGACCUGGUUUUGUACAAGUCUGUGAAGCUGUCGUAAAUAUAUCUGUGUGUUUUUACUGUAAGUAGACGAAGAAGCUCGCUGCAGCAGGAAAAAUCUCUCCGACUGCAUGCUGAGGACGACAUAUCAUGCACACGCCUGCAUGACAGUUUAUAGAUGAAACUGUUGGACCAGAUUAACUCGGAGUUCAGUUUGUGAGUCGGCAGCGUUCUUCAGUUUCACUUUCUCCUGCUGCUACAACCUGAACAGACUGUCAGCCUGAAUAUUCCAGCCCUUGUGUCGUAGCCGUGUGAGGAUUUGGUUAAACGUGGAAACUGCUUCACUUACGAACUCUGAGGAAAUACACGGACUGUUCUUAGAGUGCUGAAACUCAAGAAGAAGAAGAGGAGGAGGAGGAGGAGGAGGAGGAGGAGGAGGACUUGUUCGACCACAUAACUAAUGCUAACUAUCUUCACAGGUGCUUCUUGCUUUUGUACCAUAAUGUUUGUUUCUUUAAAGCUCCUGUGAGUGACUUUUGGUUUGCAUUGACUUUGGCGCCCCCUGUGGACAACAUGUUACCCCCUAAUCUCUUCGCUAAUUUUCUAAAUAUGUAAGAUAUGUUUUUAUGUGACUUAUUUAGAAUCUUUGCCGUUGAAAACAUCUUCACUAUCGGACACCUACCACCUAAAAAGCCGUUUUAAAAACCAGAAGUUACAUUUUCGAUAUAGAAAGUCUCGUCUCUGAUGGUCUCGUCUGCUUUUGUAGGUUUUAAAUAAACAUCAGUAUUCAUUUUAGUCUGAUUCGAGCUUUAAAGCUACUCUGAGGAAGUUUUUAACUGGUCAUGAAACAGGCUGAAAUUUAAAGUGAUGCAACAAGCUCGACAACAUCUAUGUUGUGGUUUUUGAGGUGAGGGGGUCGGUGUCACACCAGAAAAUCCUCACAGGAGCUUUAAUGUCAGUGCCUGCCAAUAGAUGAAGUUCUGGUAAUCUAUAUUCUGAGUUAAAAGUUGUUUUUCCCAUCGUUACUCCUCUAAACAUUUAUGAUGAAGUUCUUGUCGGGGUCCUAAAAAGAUGUUGUGGUUCACUGAGCUUCUGUGUUCCUGUUGUUGCUGUGUAAACCGAAUCUCCCAAAAAGCUUUCAAUGAAUGACUAACGUCGUGAGGAGACCUUCAGUUAGAAAUCAUCUUCCACGCAGAGAGGCGGCACAUGGCGCUGCGUUAAAGCAAGAAACAAGAAGGUCAAAUAUGAGACCAAAAAUGUCGUCACGUGUCCAUGUUUUAUGACAUCUCCCUGACCUUUAACCUUCUGUCUCACAACUGACUGUCAUUUUUAUGGAGCUAGAAACAGCGUGACUCGACCUGCUGCUCCUUCAGUGCCUUUAAAAAGCUAAUCGAUUUAUUCCCAGUCUUUGUAAAUUCUUUUGUCAGAUUUGUCCUAAAUACAUAUUUAUGCCCAAACUGGGAUGAUUUAACAAGCUCAAACCAGCCCUCAAAAAUACUGCAAAGAAGGCUGUUAUAAACAGCCUGUCAAAUCUCAAUUAUUUUAAUUAGAAUAAGAUCAAAUGAGGAAGUCAUAACACAUGGAAAAAAGUAGGAAAGCCCACCUUAAAAGGUAGGACACUGUGUCGAAUAAAGUAAAACAGAUUCUGUUGGUUUUCAAAUCAUUUCAACCAAAGACAUAAAAUGUUAUUGUAAUAUAAUUAAUAUAAAUGUAUUUAAAUAUAAUUAGACAAGCCCUGAAUAUGUUCACUUCGUAAUUGUCCUAACUAGUUAAAAGUUUGGGGUCUGUGUAGAAUCAGGCGUGAAAAUAAAAGUUCCCUACAGUCAUAUUUAGUAGACAUGAAGCAAAACUAGUUUUUUCUUCCUUGUUUCAACUCCGUUUUGGUCUCCACCACCGUGUUCACCAGCGAGUUUCUAACUCUGUUCAGUUUUAUUUGACUUUCUUCUCUGCGAUAAAAGCGAAAUAACGAUCAAUAAUCAAUUAAAAGUUCUGAAGAAGUUGCAGCAGACUGGGUCGAUGAUCGUCUUUAUUUUAGUUUUAAAAGGUGCUGUGAGAAGCUUCACACUGGUGCUGCUGACAAUGUUACAGUUUCAUUCGAAGGUUUCGUGACAUCUUCAGUCCUGUCGUUAUCGUGUCGCUCCAGGCGUCUUCAGCUUCAGUGUGUCUGCGAUUAAACUUUAAAAACCACGUUUAAGAUUCACACCCACUCCUGUUCUUCUGUGAGUCAUGACAGAUGAAUGUCCCCGUCACAUUACAGGCCUCACGACGUUCAGAAAUAAAAACACAAAGACUGAAGACAAAGGUGGUGGUAGGAGAUAUCGUUUGUUUUACGUUUAUUGUGGAAGAAGAAGAAAAAUCUAAAGCAAACCUAAAUGUAACUCUUCACAAAGACUGAAAAGGUUCAUGAUCCCCGCUGAGGGUGAAAACUGUUUACCGCUGAUAGUGAAGGUACUCUGUAUAAACCACACGGUGCUGUCUGUCUGCUCUGCUUAUGAAUCUGAUGUAAACACGCUCCGCUCUUAAACGAAGGAGAGACGAACACGUCUGAGACUUCUGGAUUAUUUAGAAGCUGCUGUGAUCACGCUGUUGUUUAUAUCGCUUGAAACGAAAUGCAAUAAAUCUCUCAACGCUGCUUCACUCUGCUGGUCUGUCUUCUCUAAUAUCAUCCAACAGAUUCAGUUACACGAGGCUGCAGGUUUGAAUAGAGCUGUACUGAGGGAGAGUCUCCUGCUGUCUGUAAAUGCUGCAGGUUUUAACCACCAAUACCCGAGUCAAGACCUCGUGGUUAUUGUAGUUCAUAGGGGAACAAAAAAAGGAAACAAAAUAAAAAA